CCAAACUUGUUUUGGACGGUCGUUGACGCGGUACCAUUAGGCGUAUCCUGGUGGGAGUCUACGCUAUCCGUUAUCUUUUGAUCCCCCAACUUCUGCCCACAUCCAACAUCAAGUGUGCUCCAUCCCCAGUUCGUUUCUUCACCCAUCCAUCCAUCCAUCCAGAGGAACGAUGAGUGGGCCUCCACAGUCAAUCAAUAUACCAACCAAUGGUAUUACAAUCGCACUCAUGGGUGCGACUGGCACCGGGAAGUCCACCUUUGCUAAUUUGGCCUGCGGAUGGGAUGAUCUAGCGGUUGCAAGCAACUUGAAGUCAUGUACGACGGAAGUUGCGCAUACAAGAACUUUCUUUGUUGACGACUUCCCUGUCACGAUGAUCGACACACCGGGAUUCGACGACUCCAAAGUGCCGGAUAGCGACAUAUUGAAGUCAAUAGCCUCAUAUCUUGCCGCUUCGUUCGAGAAGGGAUUUAAAUUAAGUGGGAUCAUCUACAUGCAUCGCAUCUCCGACUUCAAGAUGGGUGGGAUCUCCCUUCGGAAUUUCAGCAUGUUCAGGAAGCUAUGCGGUGACCCGAAUCUGAAGAAUGUCGUGAUCGUAACGAACAUGUGGUCUGAGGUCUCUCUAGCCAUCGGAGAGGCUCGCGAACGAGAACUCAAAACCGAUGAUCAGCUUUUCAAGCCCGCAUACGACAAGGGUGCGAAGUUCAUGCGUCACGACAAUACUGUGGAAUCUGCGCAUAGUAUCAUCCGCAGUAUCAUUAAGAACCACCCAGAGGCCUUUCGAAUUCAACAGGAGCUCGUUGAGGAGAGGAAGGACAUCAUUGAUGUGGACGCUUUCGUCGUGCUAGACACAGAAAUGGAAAAGAUGCGACUCCAGCACAAGAAAGAAUUACAGGACCUAAAGCAUGAUCUCGAGCGUGCAUUGGAGAAUAAAGACAAGGAGACUCAGGCAGAACUUCGCAAGGUCCAAUCGGAAACGCUCAGUAAAUUAGCUGCGAUGGAUACGAAGCAUCAGUCCCUAUCUCGCGAAUACAAAGAGGAGAAGAGGAAAGCCGAUGAACGAAUUCAAGAGCUGAUGACCGUUAUUCAUGAAGAGCGCAAGAGAGCCGAAGAGAAUCACCGGCGGAUGGAAGAAAUGGAGGCGGAGAGGAAGAGAGAGAAUCAACAGAUGCUUCAUACGCUUCAGAUUGUGCAGGACCGGCUGACACAGCAGGCCGCCCAAGAGAAGCUGGAACGAGAGCAUCGACAAGAGUUAGAGAGCCGCGAAAGAGAGCACCAUCUAGAGUUGGAAAGAAUCCGACUAGAAAACGAGAGGCUGAAACAGGAACAAAUCCAGGCUCAUCAGCAGCGCAUGGAGAGGCAGCUGCGAGAGCUGACGGACAAACCUCAAGGGAGUGGAAAGCGGGUAGCUGCAGGUUCUGGAGACGACAAACAGAGGCGGAAUCGGUUGUCUAUUAGGCAUGGACUUCUGAAGAAAUUCUUCAAUUAAAGCCACCUUUUUCAAAGAUAAUUUGCAGACGGUCGAGCAACGCGUCGGUUUGCUGGAAAUACCAGAUAUUGAUACGUGUAUAUAGUACUCUCAGUAUGCGGAUCCCGUUACAUGAACCUCUGAUUUACUACCACAGGUUGUCAUUAACACUUCUACCACAGCACAUCGAACUGUCCUCUGCGUUUAUGAGGCAG